UGGCGAUGGAGAUGGUUCCUCUGUUCUCGCCCUGCAUGUUUGGAGACCGAGUCCACGGGGAGAUCAGGCGCUUGAGGGAGCUUCUGGCUUCUAGGCUCUAUGAGAAUAAGCUCGAUAGUAGCAAUGGACACCAUACAAUUUACGUCCUUCUUGGCGAUGGAGAUGGUUCCUCUGUUCUCGCCCUGCAUGUUCGGAGACCGAGUCCACGGGGAGGUCAGGCGCUUGAGGGAGCUCCUGGCUUCUAGGCUCUAUGAGAAUAAGCUCGAUAAAUCGGGCCGCAGCGCUGCGCGCGCGCUCCUCGCGCUGACCGAGGCGCAGGACCUGUCGUUCUCCCUGCUGCGGAUGUUUCAAGUCGACAUAUCUCUGCCCUUCAAGUUCAUUGGCUUGCUCGUCACAUAUCUUAUUAUUCUACUGCAGUUUCAGAAAGUUAUUAGCCCCCCUGCAUCGUCAAUUUCGUCUUAGCUAAAAAUACGGAAAAGCAAGAUGAAGUGCUCUUAAAUUUUAAUAUCACUUGAUUGCUUUGGUAAAAUGCCGACACUUAAAUGUUUUUGCUUUAAGAUAUUGAUUUUUUUUUAAUUUAAUGUCUAAGUAAGUAAGUAGAUAGAAAGAAAAUAAAACAAUCAUAUAUAUCUUUGACGUCCAAAAAGAUUGGGAAUAAAAUUAAUUGAGCAAGGUUGCACAUGGAUGAGUAUUCGAUAUUUACUUGCACCAUUACGGCAUUUACGAGUGUUUUAUGAGUACUACCUACCUAAUCUAACACAUUUUGUAUUUCUUGCAGAUUCUAAAGCU